AGCAAUCGAGUUGAUUAUUAGAAUUACUCCAACAUCAUCUUUGUCUACUGCAAAACAUUCCACCUUAAGCCUAAAGAAAAAGCUGUAAAGAAGCUUUCUUUCUUUCUCUCUCUCUCAAUCCCAUAUAUCACCAUCAUUUUUUGUUCAUCUUCUGAUAGCAUUAUCACGGAUUUAAAAAGAAUCGCACCGUGUUGUAAUUAAUGUCACUUGUGGGUCUUAAUCUGUUCAUUUUCCCUCUUGAAUAGUCCAAAAAGUCGGUUAAAAAAAAGAAAAGCAAUCUUAUCUGUGUCUUGUUGUCUUCUGAUGAGACUUUGAUUUUGGCCUUACUGCUUAUGUAUUUUUUUCCUCUUACUCUGAACUGCAUGUUGCCUUUUCUGGGUUUUUUUGUGUGUGCAAUCAUUUCUGUUUCCUAUCUUGUAUCUUAUAGUUGAUAUUGCUUAUAUUUUAAAGAGUUUUUAUUUUUCGUUCUUUUCUUUUUAAAAAAAGAAAAAAGAAAAUUCACAUUUGGUUCUUUUGUCACUCUUUUAAUUCAUUUUUUUUGUCAGUGUUUUAAUGGGUUUUGUUGCAGGUGUUCAGCUGCUUGAGUUAAAUUAUAUUUAAGUCUCUUCUUGGUUAGGCCUUUUACCUGCUUUUAUUUACUUUCCAAUUUUGCUAUUCCACUCUUUUUCAUAAAAUCUUCCUGUUCGUAUCACUUGGUGCUCUUAAGUUUCUUGUUAUUUCAGUCGGUCCUUUCUUUAAUACUUCUUCAUUGGUUCUUUCAGUUGCCUUGUAUUCUUUACUUGGUAAUUUCUUGGAAAAGUUCUAAGGAUUUGAACCUAUAUAUAGUUACCACUAGGUGGUUGUAAUAUUUCCGUCUGGAGUUGGGGGUUGAAUUGUUUCUCAAAAGGGCUUUGAUCAACUUCCCUAAAAGUUGUUGCUUUUCCUAAUUAUAUUCAGUCAUUCUUUUGUUCCAAUUGUUAUAAUGCCUCCCACUUAUUUCCCCCUUCGAUGGGAGAGCACUGGAGAUCAAUGGUGGUAUGCUUCUCCCAUUGAUUGGGCAGCUGCUAAUGGCCACUAUGACUUGGUCAGGGAGCUCCUUAGGAUCGAUAACAACCACCUCAUCAAGCUCACCUCUCUCAGGCGAAUUCGUCGACUUGAGACUGUGUGGGAUGAUGAGGAACAGUUUCAUGAUGUUGCCAAGUGCCGCUCUCAAGUUGCUAGAAAGCUGUUUCAUGAGUGUGAAGCCAAAAAAGGGAAAAACUCUCUCAUCGAAGCUGGCUAUGGUGGAUGGCUUUUGUAUACUGCUGCUUCAGCUGGAGAUUUGAGUUUUGUUCAGGAACUGCUUGAGAGGAACUCUCUACUUGUUUUUGGUGAAGGAGAGUUUGGUGUUACUGAUAUACUUUAUGCCGCCGCAAGAAGUAAGAAUUCUGAGGUUUUCAGAAUCGUUUAUGAUUUUGCUGUCUCUCCAAGGUUUCUGGCAGCGAGAGGUGGAGAGUUCGAGGAGCACAUAGGAGAGUUUCCUUCUCUAUACAAGUGGGAAAUGAUCAACAGGGCUGUUCAUGCAGCUGCUAGAGGUGGGAAUUCAACCAUAUUACGGGAGCUUCUUUCUAAUAGUACAGAUGUUUUGGCUUAUAGGGAUAAGGAGGGCUCAACUAUUUUACAUGCUGCUGCUGCCAGAGGGCAGGUUGAGGUUGUAAAAGAGCUCAUAGCAUCUUUUGAUAUCAUCAAUUCCACAGAUCGUCAAGGCAAUACAGCAUUGCAUAUUGCUGCUUAUAGGGGUCAAUCAUCUGUAGUUGAAGCUUUGAUUGUUGCAUCUCCCACGUUGAUCUCUUCAACAAACAAUGCUGGAGAAACAUUUCUUCAUAUGGCUGUUUCCGGACUCCAAACUCCUGCCUUUAAAAGAUUGGACCGCCAAAUUGAGCUUAUGAAACAGUUGAUAGGUGGGAAAACUUUUGAUGUGGCAGACAUCAUCAAUGCCAAAAAUAAUGAAGGACGGAGUGCACUACACACAGCAAUCAUUGGGAAUGUUCACUCUGAUCUGGUGCAGCUACUGAUGUCUGCUCAAUCAAUAAAUGUGAAUGUCUGUGAUGCAGAUGGGAUGACCCCACUUGAUCUUCUUAAACAAGGGCCACAUACUGCCUCAUCGGAUAUUCUAAUUAGGCAAUUGAUCUCAGCAGGUGGAAUAUUUGGUUGUCAAGAUUAUACUGCAAGAAGAGCCAUUGCCUCCCGCUUGAAGAUGCAAGGUACUGGAGUCAGUCCAGGAACAUCAUUCAGAAUCUCCGAUGCUGAAAUAUUCUUGUAUACAGGAAUUGAGAUUGCAUCUGAUGCCAGUGCUGAUCGAGCUAGUGAAGGAAUGAGUUCAGCUUCUGCUGAACACCUUGACUCGAUCAAUGAGAACCGGAACUCAACAACUAAUAGGAAGUCAGUUUCUAUAAAUAAUGCAGCACAGCAAUUGAAAAGAGUCCUCCACUGGCCCCGGCUGAAAGGGAAAAAGCCUGAAAGAUUCAGCAAAUCCUUGGAUCUAAGUUCAGCAGAAUCAUGCAAGAAAUACAGUAGCUCAGAAGAAGCUCCAACCCCACUUCGCCAGAAAUUCAUGAAGCCGUCAGCACUUCCUAACAACAAAAGAACACUUUCUGUUAGAAGUAAUCAAUCAAGUCCAACAGCGAAGAAGAAAUUUGCUUCAGGCAUAAUGCAUGGGGUUAUACAGGCUAUGCCCCAAAUAACUGUUCCAGGUCGAUCACGCUCCAGUUCAUUUUCAAAAUCAUCCAUCUCUUCUCCUAGUUCGUUGGAUAAACAGAAAGGUAUAUUCAUUGACACUGAUGCUGCGGGGCCAUCUUCCUCCAAUCAAUCUUUUGAUGAUGGAACACCAAAUGUAGUUGGCAAAGAAAGCUCCACCACGAGUAAUAAAAAGUCAAGGAGCCAGUACUUCUGUUUCGGUGCAUCGGGCUUGGCUGUGAAAAACCCAGUUAGCAGGCAGCGACAAAGCCAAAGUUCCAAUCCUCCUGUUAUCUCAGUGGCUUGAUAAGAGAAAGAGGACGAAGAAGGGAGUCUAUAUCUCACAGCCAAGAUAGAAGCAAGUGGCAAACUGUCUAACUUAGAAGGAGAUUAGCAAGUUCUGUAGCUGUUUCCUGCAUGUAUUUUCCCCUGUGGGAUGUUUGCUUAUUUAAUAUGAGUAGGUCAUGUAAUCAAACUUAAAACUGUCUUUCUGAAGUACAUCUCGUGCUCUUUCUUUUGCAAA